GUUUGCAAUUGGACACGCUUGACCAUGCCACUUCGCUACUUGAGAUAGACCACCGCGCGCUACAGGCUGCUUUGAGCUCCUACCUACCAACCAACCACCCUACUCCGCUCACCCUCUGCUUGUCCGCAGAACCACGCCGAUUCCGACAUAGCUCCCGAGCAGGACGUCAAAAUGGUCAAGUUCUAUUCGUCCAACGAAACAUACUCGUACCCUUUCUCGGCCGUCUCGCUUGCCUAUUUCCUCCGCUAUCCCAAUCCCUACUCGACGCACGUGCUCUCCACCGACACCAUUGCACGUACCUACGAUCCCGAGACUCAGCGGCUGACAACUAUACGCCUACACUUGAAGCGCUCAAAGCUUCCUUCUGCAGUCCUCAAGCUCGUCCCCCGCUCCCUCUUGGGCGCCUCGGCCGGCGGCGACACGCAGUCUUACAUUCUUGAAAAGUCGGUUGUGGACAUCAAGGAAGGAUGGAUGGACACCGAAUCCCGUAAUCUGGAGUGGACAGGAGUUCUCUCGGUGAUUGAGAGGCAGAGAUUCCAGCGUCCUUUGUCGCUGUUGCCUGACGACGCCAAGGCUCGGAAAGGCGUGGAUGGUGCUGCCCGCCAUCACAGCUUCAUCAAUUUCAACAGCAAAGGCACUGGUGUCAAGGUGGAAGACAUAGGCGAGACCACAGAGGUGAAGAGCUCUGUCACAUUGCACAGUCAUAUUGGCGAAACUUGGAAGAAGAAGCGCGAGGCUGCCAGGGAGGGCGCAGCCGAUGAGGAUCAACCACAGAAGAUGGGGCUCUUGCGAAGCUGGGGCACUGCGACGCUGCAACGAAACAUCGAGAAAAUUGGCCUCACACGGGCCCAGCGAAGCCAGCCCAAUGCGCGCGAGGGUAUGAAAGUUGUGCUUGAACGCAUGCGCGAGGGCGGGCUUGUUGGUGUACUCGAAGGCAUGCGACGGGACCGAGAGGCAAUACUGGCAGGACAGUCGUUGUCCGCAACCCGUGCGGCCAAUACCGAUGAGUGAGCCAACGACAUCACAAAAUGCAACGGUGUUUGGUGUUCUUAUUGAACGAGGUCAUGUUUUUUUUUGGUAUGAACAUCAAGCGACGGCGUAACGGUCUCUCCCCCUUCUCUUGUCCUUUUCUUUCUGCCCUGGUUCAGUCGGGUUAUGUUUUACUAUGGUGCUACUUGUUUCCAGCAGUCUUGUAUCCAACAACGAUCUCCACGAACUCUGCUCUGGUAAAGCUGCCACGGCGCGAAACGUAGAAGCUUGCAUGUCGGGCUUUGUACGCAAAAUGUGAAAAGUAUUCUUCUGGCGUUAUUGUCUUGUAGUUUGGUUGAGUGUAGUUUGACCAAUUGCAAUUUGUCAUUUAAGCCCAA